AUGGCGGGCUGCGGGAGGUGGUGCCGCCGCGCGUGCGUGUGCUGCCUGUCGGACGACGAGAAGAUGACCAUCGCCGUGGACAAGGAGAUCAACAAGAUCCUCAGGCAGCAGAAGAAGAAGGAGAGAAGAGAGAUCAAGAUCCUCCUGUUAGGAACUGGGGAAAGCGGCAAAACCACCUUCAUCCGUCAAAUGAGGAUCAUCCACGGCCGGGGCUUUUCAGAAGAGGAGAGGAGGGCAUUCUCCAAAUGCAUCUUCCAGAACAUCUUCAGCGCCGUCAAAUCCAUGACGGCGGCCAUGACGGCGCUCCGAAUCCCUUAUGCAAACCCUGAGAACGAGAUGUACGCCAACUGGCUCCAGGACGUAAACGCCGUCCACGUCACCCAUUUGGAGCGGAGAUAUGUGGACGCCAUCCACCGCCUGUGGGCAGACUCCGGAAUACGGGUCUGUUACAGCCGCCGCCGCGAGUACCAGCUCCUGGACUCCACCGAGUACUACAUCACCAGCCUGGACCGGAUCUCGGCGCCAGACUACAUCCCCACCGAGCAGGACGUGCUGCGGGUCCGGUUCCCCACCACGGGCAUCCACGACUACUCCUUCAACAUCAGUACCAUCACACUAAGGAUCGUUGACGUAGGGGGUCAGAGGUCGGAGCGUCGGAAGUGGAUCCACUGCUUCGAAAAUGUCACGUCGCUCAUCUUCCUCGCCUCCCUCAGCGAGUACGACCAGUUCCUGGAGGAGAGGGAGGAUGUGAACCGCAUGCGCGAGAGUCUGGAUUUGUUUUCCACCACCAUCCAUUCCCAAUGGUUCUUCAACACCUCCAUCAUUCUCUUCCUCAACAAGACUGACAUCCUGGCUGAGAAGAUCCAAACCUCAGACAUGGCAAAUUACUUCACGAGCCGGAGGCGAGACCCCGAAGCGGCCAAGAACUUCAUCCUCAAGCUGUACGAGCAGAGGGCGGUGAACCACGAGAACCGGGACGAGUGGAAGACCCUGUACCCGCACUUCACCUGCGCCACCGACACCAACAACAUCCGGAAAGUCUUCAGCGACGUCAAAGACACGGUGCUGCUCAAAUCCCUGCGAGACUACGGGGUCAUCUAA